CUACUGGUUGAGUCAAUGGAUAGAGCCAAUCACUCUGUGGUUUAUGAGUUUGUGUUAAUUGGACUCACCAAUUCUUGGGGAUUGCAACUUUUUCUCUUUCUGUUCUCUACUGUAUUCUAUAUGGCAAGCAUGCUGGGUAACUUCCUUAUUGUCCUCACAGUGAUCUCUGAGUCUCACCUACACUCUCCUAUGUACUUUCUGCUGGCCAAUCUCUCUUUCAUUGACAUGAUUGAUUCCUGCAUUGUGACCCCCAAAAUGAUUUGUGACCUUUUCAAGAAGCACAAAUUAAUAUCCUUUGGAGGCUGUGUUUCUCAGAUAUUCUUCAUUCAUUGCAUAGGUGGUGUAGAGAUGGUGCUCCUCAUAGCUAUGGCUUUUGACCGUUAUAUUGCUAUAUGUAAGCCUCUCCACUACUUGACUAUUAUGAACCUAAGAAUUUGCAUUGGUAUUUUGAUAUCUGGCUGGGUCAUUGGGCUCAUCCAUUCAUUGAUCCAAUUAGCCUUUGUGAUAAAAUUGCCCUUCUGUGGUCCUAACACAGUAGAUAGUUUUUAUUGUGACCUUCCUCGGUUCAUAAAACUUGCCUGCACAGAUACCUAUAAGCUACAGUUCUUAGUCACUGCCAACAGUGGGUUCAUCUCUCUAGGUGCCUUCUUUAUUUUGGUCGUCUCAUACAUCAUCAUUUUAACUACCGUCUGUCAUCAUUCUUCUGGUGGGUCAUCUAAAGCUCUCUCAACGCUAUCAGCUCACAUCACUGUAGUGAUUUUGUUCUUUGGUCCAUGCAUCUUUGUCUAUGUGUGGCCAUUCCCCACAUUGUCACUGGACAAAUUUCUUGCCAUAUUUGACUCAGUGAUCACUCCUUUUCUGAAUCCAACCAUUUACACAUUCAGAAACAAGGAGAUGAAAUUGGCGAUGAAACGAUUGUGGAGUCAGCUCAUGAAAUCCAAAACUUUUUCUUAA